GCUCAGAGCACGUCGCCUGCUCUCUUCAAACAUGUCUUCUGGCUAUGGCAACUAUCAAGGCCACGACAGAGGGGGAGACAGCCCAAGCUACUACAAUACCUACGGGGAUUACCAAUUACAAGAUGAAUAUGGAACAUAUACACCGUAUCAAAGUGGCAGCGGUCACGGUCAGCCAGCCUCCUACGACCAGUCUUACAUCAAUCGAGCACAAGGGAUGAACCCAUUUUAUACGAACCCGAUGCAGACCCAGUGGCAGAUGAUGCAACACUAUUACUCAACGGACGCAUAUAGUGGUGGCGGGGGUAGUAGUAAUGGUGGUUAUAGAGCAGGAGGAGGACAACAGUACGGACAAUACGGAGGUUACUCCGGAGAUGAUCAGUAUCCCCGCUAUCACGAUCAAGACCGUUCGCACUCCCACAGACGCCACAAGAAUAAGGACUCAAGACAGUCCACCUCUCAAGGCCAAAGUCGUCGUCCCCACAUCUCUUCACCUUACAUGAAGAUGCCGUCACCUCCGCCCCGACACCAUCGAAACUCAUCCCCACCAUCUUCAUCACCCGGACCUCCUCCUCCAAGUAGCCCUUCACCUAGCUACCUCGAGCUCUCUGCGGCCUCGUCCGAACCCCUUUCCUCCCCUGGUACCUCCAGAAAACUGUUAAUCCUUGACUUGAAUGGAACGCUCGUUCUUCGCUCAACACGCCCACAUGGCAAGACGACGUACGACAGUCGACAACGGGCGGCCCCUCGCUCGGUCUACCCGAGGCCAUACAUGGGAGCAUUUCGGGAAUGGAUGUUUCACGAAAAGAACAGGGAGUGGCUAGACGUGAUGGUGUGGAGUAGUGCACAACCGCACAGCGUGGACGAUAUGGUGCAGAAGGCGUUUGGCGAGGACGGGAAGGAAUUGUUGAAAGCUGUCUGGGCCAGAGAUAAGAUGGGGUUGGGAGCUGAUGCGUAUUAUCAAAAAGUCCAAACCGUCAAAGACCUCACAAAGCCCUGGACCGAGCUCGCCUCCCUCCCCUCCUCCUCCUCCAACCCCGCCUCGCCCGUCGUCCAUUCCGCCAUGACCACCCUCCUCCUCGACGACUCCUUCAAGAAAGCCAUCCUUCAGCCCUACAAUCACGUCAUCAUCAAGGAGUACACACGAGAGAUGAGGAACGCCGACGUCGCGUCGCUCGCGCUCGAGACUCGACGUGCACAGCGCGCUGUUUCUGCUUCUACCAAGGAUAAGGACGACGUAGAAGCACAGUCUGAGUCUAUCGCUUCCUCGACCAGCCCACCGCCUGAGGCCACCUCGGGAGUCUUUGUCUUUGUCAAUGAAGGACCCGAAGUGGAGGGCGAGCUGUCGGCCAAGCAGAAGAAGAAGAAAAAGACGAAGAAGGCGAGGCAGACAUUGGAUCGGGAGGAGGGUGAGGGUGUUGGGGAAGAGGAAGGCGAGGUCGUUUAUGACGAGACUCUGUUAGCGAUCAUCGGGAUUUUCAACGAGGCGAAGGUGCAGAGUAAUGUGGCUGCUUGGGUACGAAGUGGAGGACUUUGGGGACCGUAUGCUUCGUCGAUGCACGAACACCAACGCCGCGAUAAGAAGUCUGGUUCACGGAGUGAAGGAGAUACGAACUCCGGUUCACCGAAGAGAAAGGGAAGACCAGAGAAGAGAGAGGACGUUGUUAAUCCAGGUAAUGGGGAGCCGACGUACGUGCCACUGGGCGAGGAGAGCGAGGCGAAAAUGGAAGACGGUCCACCGGUGUGGUAUGAGCAUCCUGGGACGAUGAUUUAUUGGAGCGUCAAGGGAAGGGAUGCGUUGACGGAAUUGGGGAUUGAGAUCAGGCAUGGGCUGUAAUCGUGGCAUCGUUGGACAUGCUACAGACUCAUACCAGGGUCUUGUGUCGAUUUCUCCCUCUAAUAUCUUGCACGAAGACGCAAUGCCUCAUGUGUAUAACGUACGGUACACAUAUGUUCCUUGUCCCCACUCCUCUUCUAUCGAGCUUGAACCAAUCCAAACAGUUUCUCGAACGCAUGAAGAGUACCUGCACAGUGACGCCC